AUGAUGAUGUUUGCUUCGGUUUACAUUGCUUUCAUUGGAUUAGUUUGUUUCAAUGUGAGUAUUGCUCUAAGCAUUAGCUCAAAAAGCUUGGAAACAUUGUCAUCAAAAACAAUUCAAUUACAAACAAAACUAUACGCAGGUUAUUUAGGAGCGAGUGCAUCAACUUUAGCAAGAUUUCCACAUGGCUUAGACGAAUCAAAGAUCUGCUCGAAUUUUCUUCGAAUUGAUGUCACCAAGUGGCGUCCAUUCAAUCCAAUUUCAAUCGAUUAG